GCGUGUCGCACUCUCGACAGUCACAGUGCAGCUAUGCAGAGGAUGGCUUUGGCGCAGUUGCUGGCGAACGGAGUCUGCGUGGCCCUUUUAAUGGGCCUCUACAUAGCUCUUUCAAACCUUAAAGACAAUGUUGGCCGCCAAGAGAGCAAUUUGCUGCGGGCCCGCAACCGGCUGGAGAGGCUGGAAGCGGUCUACUUGCAGAAAAGGCGGUCGGAGGCGGUCAUGCAGUCACUCGAAUCAAACGCCGGCUUCGGGGACGUCGUCGGUCUCGAAGGGCGCGUCAAGCGUCUCGAAAUCCGCGUCGCGAACGCCCACGAGCUUCUUAUCGGAUUUAUCUACACCCGAGCACCGCCAGCGGUGCGCCACUAUUACGUCUAUCCCAGCAGCCUCGUCGAUGAAUUGACGGCUCUGGACCAGGAGAGCGACAGGUUGACGCAACACAUUAGGGAGAAUCUAUUCGUGUACCCUCCGCUGCCGAUUCUGCAGACCACCCUUCUGGCCAGGGACACGUCCCGUGGGGAAGUGGGUGCAGUGCUGCGGCAUAUUUUCCGUGAUAAGAAAAACGGCCUUUUCAUCGAGUGUGGCGCCCUCGACGGGCUGACCAUGUCAAACACAUUUUAUUUUGAGCGUCUGUUGGGCUGGACAGGAGUUCUUAUCGAGCCGGAGCCAAACAGCUUUAAUGAGCUACUGCAGAGAAAGAGGAAUGUCUUGUCAAUACCGACUUGCCUCAGCAGAUCAAGACAUCCCCAAUUAGUCCCAUUCACUUUUGGCUGGCACGCGUACUCCCGAAUUGACACGCUGACGCCGAUGAGCGAGCACACAAACAACGUUCUGUGCAUGCCGUUCUUUGCGAUUUUGAAGGCCAUUAACCGCACGGACAUCGACCUGUUCAGCUUGGAUAUUGAAGGACACGAGCUAGACGUUCUGAGGACCAUCCCAUGGGAAGAAGUUGACAUAAAAGUCCUUAUUGUGGAGCAUUUUAACAUCGCUGAGGGACAACAGGCACUCGAGGACUUCAUGACGAGCAAGGGUUACGCUGUUUUCCCCAGCACUGCAGAGGAACGAAUGAAAGGGCAGUGGGCGGAAUUUGAUGACAUUUUUGUCAAAAAGGACGUCGGACUGAAUGAGAGUUAAAGCAACAAAAACCACGCGUGUGCACGAAUCAUCAUUAAUGCAGGAGACCCGCCGGUGUUGGUGCCGCGUUCGCAGUUCACAUACAUGUGUGUGUCGGCAAAUAAACUAACUUGCCAGCGCACAAUGAGAAAUUAUAUUAGCGAAACGAACAAGCGCCUGCCGAGAGUGCUUUCGCAGCCGGUGAGGCAUGCGUGCCACGCCGGUUGCCUCACACUCGGCUAUAGGACUGCUUUUUUAUAGCGGAAUCUGCACCCGCCGUCAUUCUUGGACGAUAGUGCUACAAACUAAAUAGUCCCUAUAUAUUAUAUAUUCAGAGACACGCGUAGCUGAGCAACGCGCUUUCGCCCUGUGCAGAUCCAUGUCCCUAUAUUUUUUCCCAUGUUAAAUGAGUUUUCUUGACAAAAUUGCUAAAGCCACUGCGUCUCAAUUGGCGUCAAACGAAAGCGCAUGAGUUGAUCUACAACAUAAGUCGAAACCAUGACCGCGGGAAAUAAAACGAUCGAGAAAUUCGCGUUCGAAAAGUUUCUGGGAAGAAAGCUACAGCUGGAGCAGGCAACAGUAGAGACAUCUAGUGAGAUCAGAUGCAGUCCGAGCAGUCACGUGACUCAAUCCCUCUAUCUCAUUGGCCGAGAGCAGGCACGCACUGCUAGGAGGGAGUAUGGAAAGGAGCCAGCAAAAUACUCUUGGCCAAUGAGAUGGCGGGAUUGAGUCACGUGACUGCUCGGACUAUGUGUGCUUCACUGCUCUUGCUGUGCAUGCGCAGAUAUCUCUACUGAAACCUGCUCCAGCUGUUUCGAUCGCGAAUUUCUCGGUUGUUUUAUUUCCUGCGGUCAUGGUUUCGACUUAUGUUGUAAAUCAACUCGUGCGCUUUCGUUCGAAACAAAUUGAGACGCGGAUGGCUUUAGUAAUUUUGACACAGAGCCGCAAACGAAAUCUCAUUUUAACACAGGGAUCUGCGCGGGGCGAAUGCGCGUCGGUCCGCUAAUCCGCGCGACUCUGAAUAUAAGAACUCUAAUACUGCGAACGUGUGCGCUCGGUUGCGAUUGAACAAUGAACAUUAAUUUCAGCGUUUAUCUCCGUGCAGAUGUGAUAUCUGCGAGUUUAAAAAUAAAAAAUACUACUCUGGCGGGCAAAAAAGUGUUUGAAGCAGACAGGCGACCUAACUCUCUUGUUCCAGAGGGCAGCGACUGCCAUGGACGUUGCCGGCUAGCUGUAAUUGACCGAAAUGAAAUCACGACUGACAGCUUUCCACGAGAUGGGUUUUGCUGCUAGCGGCCAAACGUUAACUUGAAGAGUUGUGAAGGUUCCACGCGCGCUCGGCUUUAAUUCCGCUCCUGUUCUUCUCUUCGGAAAUCUAAUAACACGCAAAUUGCGGAAAUUCACCGCACAGUUGAGCCUUGCCGCAGCAGUCAGCAGUGCUCGGCAUGAAUAUUUUAACCAUGCGCGCACCGUCAAAAAAACCGGCCCCCGCGUGUCUAGCAACAUCUUUUCAUAUUCAUGA